AUGAAUAGAGAAGAUAGUAGUAAUACAGAUACAAAGAGAGAAUACUUUAAAAGUAUACUCAAUAGCAAGUAUCUAAGAACAAAGAUAUUCAAAGAUGUAGGGAUCAUUCACUACAAGUUGUAUGGUGAUGGUGGUCAAGGUCAACCGAUGAUCUACAGAUUCAAGUCACACGAGAUCAUUAGUUUGAAAGAAUGUAUCAUUGUACAUCGUACUGAUCUAUUCAUCAAACAUUUUGAUCAAGUUUUUAAAUCAGUUAUCAGAGAUUUUAGUAUAUUUGAUGAUUUAUUAUACACAGCGUUGAAAUAUGAAAACAAAACAGCAUUUGAUAUGAUGGUAGAUAGAUUGGGAGGUAAAUUACCCAAUAAUUUCCUUAAUCGAUACUCCAAUAUAUGGAGACCAACAAAAAAUAGUCUUUCUAUUCUCAUGAAUCACAUCACUCACUAUCAGCAGCAACCAGUGCAAUAUGUUGGGUUACUUCUCUGUCAUCCAAUAUCAACAGGUGAUUUGGAAAUGUUUGAUCAAAUAUGUAAAGAUAUUCUUGAACCAACUCAAUCUGACAGAAUCAAGAAUAUUACAUACGGUACAAAUGAUUUAUACGACAAUAAUAAUAAUAAUAAUAAUAAUAAUAAUAAUAAUAAUAAUAAUAAUAAUAAUAAUAAUGAAUCAAAAUAUGAAAUAAUAUAUUAUAUGGUCAACAAAUUAAAGGAAUAUGAUAUGGAUUUAAGAGGUAAUUUAUUUAUGGAUGCAUUGAAAUGUGAUAAUAAUCAAGAGAUUAUUAAAUGGAUAAAAGAUAGUUUUGGUUCAAUGCCAGAGUUUAUUGGUUUCUAUAAUCAAAUCAAUUUUAUUUAUCAUAUCAAACAAUAUGCAUCAACUGAAACUUUAAAGUUGAUUCAAUUAAAUCCAGUAGAUGUACGUGUAUCCUAUGAAAAUUGUACUUCAUCAGAUUAUGGAAACAUAGAUUUCCUCAAUUAUACACUCCCCAUUAUGGCAAAUAGUUUAUAUGAUUUCAAUACUCUCCAAACAGCUUUGGAUAAUGGUCAUUUGGAGUAUUCACUUAUUGUAUUACAAGUAAUACACGACCAAGGCAUGAAAAGAAAUGAAGAAUUAUAUGGUCGUUUACAAAUUUAUGUCAAUAGUGUACAUGAAUCGAUCAUGUCAUUGGAUCUCGUCCAAAGAUUGUCUCAACACCCAUAUAUUAAAGUUUUAGUCGAGGAUAUUGCUCUUACAGCCAUCAAGGCCAAACAAUUGGAUAGUUUACAACACUUACUCAGUCCAUAUACAAACCAACAAUAUUUAAACACUAAUAGUCUCAUCGUUGGUGCAUUAUGUAUUGAUGAUACAACUAUAAUAGAGUAUUUAUUGAAUACAUACUACAACAACGAUGAUGAUGAUGACAGAACGACUACAACAUCAUUCCAAGUGAAAACAAACAUAAUUGGUGAUAUGAUGCAUCAACCACUUGAAUAUUUAUAUUCACUUGGUCAUUCACUCGACAUUAAAUUACCACCAUCUCCAAAUUGGCACCAAAUCAAACAAACAAAAGAACCAUCACUUGAAAUACUUGAAUUGAUUAUAAAGUAUCAACCAAUCAACACUCAACAACCUAUUCAUCCUUGGGUAAUACUUGCUCGAUUUGGAUAUUGUGACGAAGGUAUCGAUCUUUUAAUAUCAACUCUAAGAUUGGUACCCUCUACCCAACGAUCAUCCAAGAUUCAAGAUACAUUAAUCAAAGCAAGUAAGAAUGGAUUGAUUAAAACUGUUGAAUGUUUGGUCAUGGAUAUUAAUCGUUUUGCAGAUUCAUUCAAGACGGCAAUCAUACACAAUCAAAUCAAAGUUGCCGAGUAUUUGAUCAAUGAAUGCAUAUCACUUGUUCAUUUAAACAAUGAAGAGGAAGAGGAAAACAUUUCUCCUCGGGUUAGACCCAGCCUAUUUUACGACUAUUCGGUCCGCAGAGGUCCAUCUGAUAAAAAGAUUUGGGAAAGAGAACAUAUCAAGAUAUUAUCAUCAUUUUACUAUAUUGAAGACGACCAACUAUUUAAAUCAUUUUGGAAUGAUUGUAAAUCAUACUCUACAACCAACUCAUCAAUGGUAUCUGAACUAUUAGCAGAGUCACCAUUUGAUACAGGAUAUUAUCGUCGCUAUGUAUCAAAUUUAAUUGAUCGGAUCAUACUAAACUAUUCAAGAUUCUAUAAUGGUCCUGAAAGAGACCAAUAUCAAAUGCAACCAUUACAAUUGUCUAGUUACAAUCGAAAUGCAUUUGUCACCUACCACAUCAUCUCUAAAUACAGACAUGAUCCACAAUUCAAUCAAAUCAUCAAUUUUAAUGAUUUUGAUAUCAAUCAAUUUUACAUCAACAAUCAAUCAAUUGGAUUAAUUCCAUUUAUCUUUAAUAAAUAA